GCCCCUCUCGGAGAGGACGCUCUCGUCACGUGACCAGGUGAGUUUACGAAGCCGAGAAAUCAGUCAGAUUCGCGACGAUCUCCUAAAAAUGUCACAACCAUGACGAGCAGGCGACCCUCCGCGGUAUGGCUCACCCACACGACCCGUGUGUUUUAGAGCAGUUUCGUGAUUGUUGUCGUUGGCAGACACGUUUAUCGGGACGCGGCGGCAGAUCAGAGAGGAAGCGGACAGAGACAAAGAGAAGGGCUCUCGCAGCGAGAAUGCUUCGGGCCUAACAGAAGCCAAGAGGAAAUACAGCAGAGACGACUGAAGUGUGAAAGCUGCCGAUCAAGAAGCUGUGCCUCCCGAGUGGACGCUACUAAACGAGAGGAGCCGUAGCUGGGAAGAACCAUCGAGUUGUCUGGAGCUUUCUCUCUCAAUCCUCUUCCAAUGGUUCGCUGGUUGAGGCCAUGGCCUCUCAGUCAGGCAACAUGAACCGUGAAGACCGGAAUAUGCUCCGUAUGAAAGAAAGGGAAAGGAGAAAUCAAGAAAUCCAGCAGGGAGGAGAGGCCUUUCCAGCUAACUCUCCCCUCUUUCCUGAACCUUAUAAAUCCUGCAAGGAAGAUAAACUCUCAAGUCGCAUCCAGAGCAUGCUGGGAAAUUACGACGAGAUGAAGGAAACCAUCGGUGAACCCCCAAUCUCCAAACUCAUUCCCAAAGCCUCCAGCUCCUCCUCGGACGAUAAAUCCGGCCAGUACGCUGACCAGCGUAGCGGAGGUGCCCAGAGUCAGAACAGCAAAUGGACUCCAGUCGGCGGCAUCUCUUCCACAUCCUGCCCGUCGUCCUCCGCUUCCUCCUCCUCGCAGAAGCGCUCAUCCGUGCAGGGCAGCCACGGCAGCAGUCAGCGCAGCGGCGGUCAGCGGCACGAGCGAGACUAUAGCAGCAGCAGCAAGAAGUCCAGCAAGCACGGCUCCGAGAACAAACCCCACUCCAGCCCGGCCAAGGGCUCCAUGAGCUCCGGCGGACACUCGCGCAGCCGCACCAAGUCUCCCAGGGACAGAGAACCCAACUGGGACUCGCCCUCAAGAGUUCAUUCCUUCUCCAGCGGACAGCAUCCCAGCCAGAGCUUCCCGCCCUCGCUCAUCAAACCCAGCUCCAUGCUCCAAAAACCCACCGCCUAUGUGCGGCCCAUGGACGACCGGGAAACGGCCGAGCCCAAGACCUCCUCGGAGUCGUACGGCGGUCAAUCACACAGCAGCGCCGUGGGAGAAAUGAAGCCCAAUGGCAAGGCUUCCCUCACCAAGCUCAAGAUCCCGACGCAGCCUGUCGAUGUUUCAAUGGGAGCAGAUGCGAGCUGUGUUGAUGAAAUAUUAAAGGAAAUGACUCAGGUCUGGCCUCCUCCACUAACAGCCAUUCACACGCCCUGCAAGACCGAGCCGUCAAAGUUUCCUUUCUCCACCUCCAAGGAUGCCCAGCACCCGUCUUUUGGGGCACAAAAAAAACUCUCAGGAAAGAGCACGUCCAAGCCAUCCGACAGCGAGCAGUCUAACACGCUGCAUGAAGAUCUGAAGCUCAGCAGCAGCGAAGACAGCGACGGAGAGCAAGAUCCUGCUAAAAACCCCUCGACAAGCAACAACAGUAAUAACAGCGAGGCUCCUGAACAAGUGGACACCAGCAGUCACAGUUCAGAGAGCAGCUCUGGUUCAGACAGCGAGAGCGAGAGCAGCUCUACAGACAGUGAGAACAACGAGCCUCCUCGUCCUGCGUCACCCGAGCGGGAACAGCCCACGGCUAACAAAUGGCAGCUGGACAACUGGUUCAAGAAAGUCAAGUCGCCCCCUGCUUCUCCAGUGGAGAACCGCAGCACGACGCCAACAAAGUAUAAGAAAGAGGGGCGAGGAGAAAACUCCAGCAGGGUCUACAGUGGCUCGGGUUCAAAAGACGUGGCGCCCUCUACUGGGCGAGACCUCCGGCCAAACCAGAAGGGGCAAGACAGGCGAAGUCAGAGGUCUCCCGCUCAGAGCGAGGGGGGGAGUCAGAAGGGGCGGCGACUGGAGGUGGGCAAGAAGCAGCCUAAAAAGCCAGACAAGCCACCUGUGGUGGAGGAGCCGAAGGGUGGGCUCAAGGUGGAGACCGAACCCUCGCCCGAGAUCCCGUCACAUAGAGUCCGUGCACCUAACAAGGGCCUCCGCAAGCCCAACAUCAAGAAGGAGCCCAAAACCUCCUCCCCUCGCCCGGCGCAAGACAAGCGCAAGAAAACAGCCAGCAAGUCGCGUGAGUUCAUAGAAUCCGAUUCGUCAUCGUCCGACUCGGAGGGCAACGAAAGCGUCCCCUCGUCUUCGCAGACGCCGAGAGAGCAGUAUGCAGAGAACCCAUCUGUCCUGUUCUCGCCCAUGCUUUCCCCGCUGAGUGACCAAGAAGGGAGGCUGCCGCCCAGACUGCUGGUGCAGAUCGACCUCAGUCUGCUGUCCAGAGUGCCUGGUCGAGUCUACAAGGAAACUGAGGUGAAAGCGGAGAGGGGCUCCCCUGCGGAAGGAAAAGACUUCCAGAAACAGCCGGCAGAAAAGGGAGCCAGCAAGGGGAAGAGAAAACACAAGAAUGACGACGAUAGUCUCAAACCAGACAGUAAGAAGUCCAAGCCGGAUGAAAAGUCGUCACACAAGUCGAGCAGUAAAGACUCGUCUAAGCGUGCUCAGGACAAAGAGAAAGAGUCUGCGCCCUCUCCUUCGAUUACGCUGCAGCGGACGCCUAAAUCUGAGGGCCGCAAGCGGACGCUGAGCCAGUCCUCGGCCUCUGUACCCAGCACCAGCAGCAGCAAAGACAGCAGCAAGAGCAGCUCCAAACACCGCAAAGGCGACGACAAGCCCUUACGCAGGGAUGCCAAGGAGAAAAGCACUAAAGCAGAGAAUCCCAUUGCAGUGCCGCCCCUCUCUGAUGGCUCUAAAUCUAGAUCCAAACUCCUCUUUGAGGACAGGGUUCAUUCGGCUGAUCAUCACCUUCAAGAAGCGAAGAAGCUGAAACACAACGCAGAUGCUCUGAUGGACAGGUUUGAGAAGGCCGUGUAUUACCUGGACGCUGUGGUGUCUUUCAUCGAGUGUGGAAACGCCCUGGAGAAGAGCGCCCAGGAGGCCAAAUCACCCUUCCCCAUGUACGCAGAGACCGUGGAGCUCAUCAAGUACACUAUGAAGCUGAAGAGCUACCUGGCGCCGGAUGCAACCUCUGCAGACAAAAGGCUCGCGGUGCUGUGCCUGAGGUGCCAAGCGCUCCUGUAUCUGAGGCUCUUCAAGCUACGCAAAGAAAGUGCACUGAAAUACUCUAAAACACUAACUGAACACUUGAAGAAUUCGUUGAGUAAUAACCAAGCUCCAUCUCCUGGAGUAGCAAAUAAGACAGCGGGAAUGCCGUCUCCGGUCUCUCCUAAACUCUCCCCGGGCAGUGCGGGCAGCUUCUCCUCCAGCAGCUCCAGCCAGAGCACCAGCUCCUCCGUCACCAUCCCACAGCGCAUCCACCAGAUGGCAGCCAGCUACGUCCAGGUCACCUCCAACUUCCUCUACGCCGUCGAGGUGUGGGAGCAGGCCGAACAGCUCGCCAAAGAGCAGAGAGAGUUCUUCACCGAUCUGGACAAGGCUAUGAGCCCGCUCAUCUUCAACACCAGCAGCAUGACUGAGCUGGUGCGAUUCACGCGGCAGGGCCUGCACUGGCUACGACUGGACGCCAAGCUCAUUCAGUAGAGCGGCUCUAUCUGUAGCCCCUCUAUGCCUACGCAAAACACACACACUCGAUCUGCCUCAGACAUCUCUGUGACACUGUGUUCAUUUCUACACCAGCUUGCCAAAAAUGGAAACACUCAGUGCCCCGCCCCUCCACCACAGACCCUAUGAAUAUUCAUGAGAGGGGAGGCGGCCAAACCGCACGUCUGUCAGAGCGCUCAUACACUGCAUCGUCCUGCUCAUAUCAUCGAACCGAAAAGAAAAACAGCCUGCUUUCUUACUUUGACUGUCUUUUUGGUUUAUUUUCUGCUAGCUAUAAGCAAACGAGAAUAAUAACUGGAUGUUUAUGGCUUUUUAUUUCAACCAAAGUACCUCCCUUUAACCAAAGGUGCUUUAAAAUUGAGGUUUUCUCCUUUUAUCAUUUUAUUGUGCCUUGUAUUUGAUAUACAGGAAACCGAGAGACACAGUAUCUUGAAGUACACAUGUAGACUUGUACGCAGGGUGUGGAUUGCCAAAGCCUUGUAAAACGAGAAGCAGAAAGAGCGGAUAAUGAACGCAGUGCUGACUGAUCGUCUUUCUUGUAGACCAGACCAAAAGACUGUUCGGCACCAUAUCAAGGCAUUAUUAUUACCAAUGUGUUUUUUUUAUUUUUUGUUUGUUUAGUUUUUUUGGCCUGGCUCAUCCACGGACGCCACAAAGGAAUUAUAGCCUGUCUACCACAAACUCCCAGGCCAAGAUUUUUAUACGAAAUGUAGCGCUCGCAAAGGUGUCACUUUCUCGCUCUUGAUUUUCUGGUAUUAAACGCAGGAGUAUUUUAUUACCUUGGCUCAGCCUAAUAUAGAUUUUAUUUAGAUAACGGCGAAUCGCUUGGUUCCGGGUUGCGUUUUCACUCUUGGGCAUGGAUACAGGGUUGCAAUACGAGAUCAGAGACGUAUUUCUAUUGUAUAUGAAAAUAUCAUAUUUAAAUAUUUAAUGUGAGUCUUUGAGGUUGCCUUUAUAGUGUUGUAGUCACCCGUGUGUUGCAGUUCUUUUAAAAGAAAAGCAGUCAUGUAAGGAUAUAUUUAUGUGUUCUAGCAGUUUUUAUAUAUGUACAUAUUACAUCUAGUGAUUUUAGCGCAGACCGACUCUUAAUCUACACACGCAGUAAAUCGGAUCGAAACUCGGAUGGGUUUAGCACCAGAAAGAGGAAAAGUCAAUCCAAUGCUGGAAACUUAGCGUCUCUUGCACUAGAAUCUUUCCUCUAAUUGGCUCCCAAGCUGUUUUUUCUGUCUAUGCAGAUGUUUUUCUCGCUCGUUUGUGCUGUAGCUAACGAGGACUCCUGCCAAUUAAAAUUUUCAGCAUUUGAAACAAACUUCUAGAGGUUGAACAUUUAACGGCUGGCGACUAGAUGCAUCACCGAUGACCCUCAAUCUUGAUAAAACCAUCAUUUUGAUUUAGAGAGUCGAUGAACUCAUUGUGUGUUAUAGGGGGAGAGCUCUGUUAAUUGUGCUUUUAUGUAAAUGAAUUCAUGCACUAAUGUGAUUUCUGUACCAGAUUCAUGAUGAUAAAGUAACUGCGUAUGAAUAUGGGUUGUUAAAAUGAUUUUCCCAUGGCCUUUUUGCUUCUCCAGACAUGAAGUUGUGCUGUGUCCGUUUUUAUUUUUUAUCUUUUCCACUAGAGUUCAUGGUAGUGCUUUUAGAGGAUCAGACUGACUGAUUAAUUUAAAUCCAUCUUUAAUUUUCUUUGUGAUCAUAACUUUACCGAGGGUGAGAGUUUCUCUUUUUCUUUCGUCCAGUUGAAAAAUAACACUCGCAUGUUUGUAUUUAAAUACUAAGAUGUACAGAUGUACAUAAAAAUGCUCUUUUAGGGUAAAUUUUUAAGACGAUUUAACAUUUGUAUUAAUUGUAAAUAGAAUGUGAAUAUAUUAAAUGCACACUUUUUUUUCCCUCUCAGAACACUGUAUGUUAUUGAUGUCAUGUUCAGGUUUCCUGUGCUGUAUGGACAUGGCUUUCUGUCAUUCAAAUGGUGAUGUCGGUCAGGUUGAAAUGGGCUAAAUGCAGUUGAUUAUAAGAAAGAUCUAGCAUUAGUGACAGGGGAACUUCAUCAUUUUGAGCGGUUCUCGAUGUCGGUAUGUAGUACUCAUUUUAUAGUGAUCUCAAAACAAUCAUUGACGAGCAGUAUAACAUCAAUUUAGUUUUAAAAGUAUUGAGAAGAGAUUGACGAGAAGAAAUCUACAUAUAUAUAUAUAUAUAUAUUCAUAUAUGGAUGCAAUAUGAUUUAAAGGUACUCUUAUGAGCCUCGAUUAUCCAAACUUGUAAUUUAAACACUUUUUUUUUUUUUUUUUGGUGAAGUGAGUAUUACUAAUGGAGUCUGUUGCGAAUCAUCUUUGUAUUUUGCUGUAUUGAGAAUAAAAUAUAUAUGAUUAAAAGGUUUUGGCUCUGAA